AUGGCCAAUAAUAAACGCAUGCGCCUUCACAGUAAUGAAAAUCAUACCAAUGACGGUAUUUUAGAUCACCAGAUGUCAGUCGAUGAAAAAAUUCUUUCGUCAGAUUUUAAUUAUCCAACUCAACCUCAAACAACUAGUAAUUCUAACACUCAAGCGUACCACCUGAGUGUAUGUGGAUCGAUACUCUAUUCGCCACCCACUAAUUCCCCAUCAGAUAUAUUUACAAUUUUACGACAUGGUAAUUUUGACGCAUUCCGACGUUCAUUAGAUAUCUAUCAUAAUGAUAUCAUUCGAAUGAGAAACGACCAUGACCAGACUGUGCUACAUGUAUUAGUCAUACACGCCUAUCCAUAUAUUUGGGUACGUCUACUGAUGUUACGUGGAUGUGAUACAUGUGCACAAGAUAACGAUGGGUACACAGCGGCUCACUAUGCUGUGGAAAGGGAUGACGUUGAAAUGCUAAAAGCAGUCACACUUCGAAUUCAUCCUCAAGUUAAACCUAUUCCUGAGGAACAAAUAGUCGCUAUACAUGAACAGUGUUGCCGAGCGCUAACUAUCAAAGAAAACAAUGGUUUAACUCCUUUCAUGUUAGCUUGCCAGCAUCAAUCCAUGAAAUGCUUGGACUAUUUGAUCGAAAUGAAUAUCAAUGACUGUCAUCUACAAGAUAAAUUCGGUGAUACUUGUUUGCAUUAUGCUGUUGGCCGACGGAACUUAAAUCUUGUACAGAAAUUAAUUCAAACAUGUAAAGCCGAUGUAAAUGGUGGUGAACAACUACGACCCAGUACACUCGAUGUUCUUCAACACAAUCGUGCACAACAAAAACCGUUCGAUCGUAACUUAGAUGACGAAAUCGAACAAGUACUCCUUUUUUCCAAAGCCAAAAAUCGCUGUUCAAUUCGUCGUAUCAUUAGUAAACGAAAAGAUUCUAUUGAGAAUGAUGACUCUGCUCUAACGAAAUUGGCUUGUCUUUCAAUUGAUUCCACGUCAACCAAUGAACAACUCGAAACCGCUCGUGGCCAUGCUCGAUUAGCAACGGCCUUGCAAGCGAAAAACGAUCCCAGAGGUGCCCUAGAAAGUUUUAAGAAUGCUAUGACAUGCACGCCGGAUAAUUCACUUGACUGGGCAACGUAUGCGUUACAGUCUGCACUUAUUCAUAUGAUGUUGGGUGAAAAUCAAGCAGCGCUUGCUUUGUUACAUAAGGCGCUACAUAUUCGAACGGAAUUAGAAAGGACAAGUGACCAAAUUGAUCAAAUCCAACGGGCUAUUAAUCAGAUUCGACCAUCGACAUUUUGA